AUGCCGAAUAUGGGAAGUAUGGGAGGGAUGACAAUCGGCAUCCUCAACUACUCCUUCACAUUCGCCAUCUUGCUUCAUCACUCUUCACAACUUGAUCUCAACACAUUCUCGCGCGUCACCUUUCCGUCUGCAUCAGCGAGCACUGUCAACAUGGCCCUGAAGCGCAUUAACAAGGAGCUCAUCGACCUCGGGCGCGACCCCCCUUCCUCGUGCUCGGCGGGUCCCAUCGGCGACAACCUCUUUCAAUGGCAGGCGACUAUCAUGGGUCCUGCCGACUCGCCGUACUCGGGUGGUGUCUUCUUCCUCUCCCUCACCUUCCCCACGGACUACCCCUUCAAGCCUCCCAAGGUCUCGUUCACGACCAAGAUCUACCACCCCAACAUCAACGCCAACGGCUCCAUCUGCCUUGACAUUCUGCGAGACCAGUGGAGCCCUGCGCUGACCAUUUCGAAGGUCCUCCUUUCGAUCUGCUCCAUGCUUACCGACCCCAACCCCGACGACCCCCUUGUCCCCGAGAUUGCGCACACCUACAAGACGGACCGUGCGCGUUACGAGGCGACGGCUCGGGAAUGGACCCACAAGUAUGCGACGUAA